AUGAAGGUCUUGUUGACCGGCGGUAGCGGAUUUCUCGCUGCGCAUUGCUUAAAUGAGUUACUCAAACGCGGGCACGAUGUGGUCGUCACUGUCCGAUCCGAUGAGAAGGGGCACUACCUGCAAGAAUUGUUCAAGGGCAAGCCAGUCUCGUAUACGAUUGUCAAAGACAUUGCGGUAGAAGGGGCGUUCGAUGAGGCCGUCAAGGCCGACCCUCCGUUUGAAGCCGUUGUGCACACUGCCAGUCCUUUCCAUUUCAAAGUCAUAGACAACAAGAAAGACUUACUUGAUCCCGCGAUCAACGGGACGACAGGGAUCCUGAAGGCUAUCCACAAGUCAGCAAAAUCUGUCAAACAUGUGGUGAUCACGUCAUCUUUCGCUGCCUUGUCGAAUUACCGCAACCCGCCUGCUGUAUACAACGAAGAGAUCUGGAAUGAUAUGACCAUGGAAGAAGCUCUGGCGGCACCUGAUCCACAGGCGGCUUAUAGAGCGAGCAAAAAGUUCGCCGAAAAGGCCGCUUGGGACUUUGUGAAGAUAGAGAAUCCGAACUUCACUCUCACCUCCCUCAAUCCACCCAUGAUAUACGGACCGGUGCUUCAUCAAGUCACAUCAUUGGAGGAACUGAACACUUCCAGCCUGCGGAUAUUGAAUCUCUACCGUGGCACCCCACGAUCUGGACCAGUUGGGUCGCCUAUUCAUGUUGAUGUUCGAGACUUGGCACUGGCCCAUGUGCUGGCCAUUGAAAGACCUCAAGCUGCCAAUCAGAGAUUCUUUGUUGCCGCUCAGAUGGCCACCGAGAGGCAGCUCCGGGAGAUUAUGGAAGACGCCUUCCCAGAAAUCAAAAGAAAUCUCCGAGAUGAGUUGGUUGACAAGCUUCCACCAUAUGGUAUCGACAACACUAAAUCCAUCAAGGUCUUGGGCAUCACAUAUCGGCCGCUCAAGGAGACAAUCGUUGAUGCGGCCAAGUCCCUGAAGGCACUUGGGGCAUAG